CUUUUCACAGCGAUCGAAGAUCGUUGGUCGUGCGACAACGACACCGUAGGCGAGAGUGCCGCGUAGCGACGCCAGAGACAUAGGGUUCGAUUUGGGGAUUUUGCUUCUUUCUAGAGAGAAACGUCAUGAACCAGUUGUGUGUGAUGUUAAAAGGCAAUUUUUUAGUUUUUACGAAGUGCCAAGUUAGCCUGUUUUUUAGCCUGGCUUUUUCCUGGCUCAGUAGCGCGAUCGAACAAAAUUUAUGGUUCACAUUCAUCGAUUUUAAUAUGCGACAAUGUGCAUCAGUUAUUCUCUAUUUCGUAAAUUCUCAACGGAUCAAAAGAUAAAAUGUUCUAUUUUUUAAUACAAUUUGUUUAAAAAGAACUUGUUUGUCCGUUAGUUUCAACCCGUUAAAAUUUAGAAAUCAUGAGAAAUAACGAGUCAAAAGUAGGAUUAAUAAUUUCAAUGAAGUGUGAUGAACCCUUUCCCCUCAUCCAUGCGAUAGUAAUUAGUAUGAAAAGAAAAGGGAGGAAUCAAAGUGACCGUUAAGAGAGUUAUCUUUAAUCAUAAAACUGUCACUGUCUUAUUGGCAAUAAAAAUUAGAUUUUUCCAAUCCAAAAAGUUGGUUUAUUGGCUGUUAGCACCCAAAAAGGAAUUGUAGUAAUAUUUUGAAUUCAUAGUUCAAAUUCAUCUUUGAACUUGCGGUGCUGACAGCUCUCCUCCAGUCCCCCAGUGUCUCCUAACACACUUUCUGUUCUUUUGCUUCUAUAAUUUGAUUAAUCUCUCUGUAAAUAAUCUGUAUUUCAAUUUGAAAGUAAAAGCUAAAGAUUUAAAGAAUGGCUGGUUAUGUUGGGGUGUUCGUGUCGGAUCCAUGGCUUCAGAACCAGUUCACUCAAGUAGAGCUACGGAGCUUGAAAUCCCACUUCAUGACGAUGAGGAGGGAGACUAGCGGCGGCCUGAAGCUGGCGGACUUGCAGGCGAAAAUGUCGAUGAUAAAGCAUAUCCGAGAGAAUCUUUCUGAGCAGGAAAGAUCUUCAUUUCUUCAGGAUUCAUAUCAAAAUUUGGGAGACGAAGUUGAUUUCGAACUCUUUCUUCGGGUGAAUCCACAAACAAAGAUACUGAUUAUAUGCAUUUAUUUAUUGCAUGUUUAUUUGAAACUCCUAGCGCUUGCAACAGAAAGGAGAGGAAGUGGUGCAAAAAAUGCAUCUGCUUUCCUCAAGUCUCCAACUUCUACACUGCUUCAUACAAUAAGUGAAUCCGAGAAGGCAUCAUAUGUUGGACAUAUAAAUAACUAUCUUGCGGAAGACAAAUUCUUAAAGAAGUACCUUCCCCUAGAACCUUCAACAAAUGAUCUCUUCGAAAUUGCCAAGGAUGGAGUUCUUAUCUGUAAGCUUAUUAAUGUUGCCGUACCUGGAACAAUUGACGAACGAGCUAUCAAUACAAAGAGGGAGCUCAAUCCAUGGGAGAGGAAUGAGAAUCAUACCUUAUGCCUGAACUCUGCCAAGGCAGUUGGGUGUACUGUUGUCAAUAUAGGGACACAAGACUUUAUUGAAGGAAGGGUGGGUGCCUGCUUUCAUAAGAAACUGCUAGAUUAUGGUUGAUUCUUGCUUUUUGUUUGGUUUUCUUGUGGAUUUUGAGUGAAAUCAUUUACUGAAGAUUUACUCCAACAGAAAGUAGCAUUGCUUUCCUUC